AUGGCAAUCAUGCUCAAUGAAACACCAUCAACAAACCAGGGUCAAGCAUUUGGACCUCUACCUCCUGAGCUGCUUCUCAACGUCUUAGACCAGCUCGUGGAAGCAUGCAACCAUCACCGCCCUGUGAUACGCUCACGAUUCGACAUAAUAACCAGGACACUGUACUCGCUCACCUUAGUCUCGCGCAGCGUUCAUCCGAUAGCUACCGAAUAUCUUUACUCAAAUUGCGUGUGGUUGGAUUGUCCAGGGACCUUGGGCCGCUUUUGCUCAACAGCAGGACUAGAUCAUCAGCAUCAAACCACCAUACAAAAGACCAGAAAACCCCCGAAACCUACUUUCUUGCGAUACAUUACCUCGAUACACAUGUCACCCAUAAUGACAAGAGACCUAUGGCAGGAUGAUUGGGAAACCUCUAUCGGACGACCGGUAAUCAUCAGCUUACUCAACACUAUUGGUUCUAAUUUGAAGAGACUGCAUCUCAACUUGAUUCAGUUCAUAUUUGAUUGGGGAGGUGCAGAAAGCAAAAAUAUGGCCAUCAUUGAUCGAGACAUGUACUCUAAUAUGUUGCUUCUGGAGGAGUUAAUCAUCUCCUGCGACAUUAUUAGCCACUUCCCCAACCCGCCACCGAAUAUCAAACGACUUGCCAUAGCCACUGAUCAUUUCAGAGAUGCAGAGUGGACCUUCUACCGAUCUUCGCCAUCACUCCAAUCACUGGUGCUCUUUUGGCCAGAUGGAAGGAUAGACAAACACAUUGACUCUUUCUUCGAUUUGUAUGAGGGAAAAAGUCUGGACAUCGUUCUUGCUGACUAG